ACCCAAAGGUCAUAACGGAGAAGCAGGCAGGUUUAGAAGAAGCAGUGGUGGCUAAUUUAUUUGCCAUUAAUCAGCGGAAAUGGGAUAUGGAUGUCGUUGUAGAUAUUUUUGGGGCCAGAGAUGCUACCAUUAUCCAAGGUAUUCCUUUGAGUAGGGGUCCGACAAAGGAGUCGUUGUGUUGGAGAUGGGAGGAGAGCGGCUUAUUUUCUGUGCGGAGCUGCUACCGGAAUUUGGUGGGGGAGUAUGAGGGGCAAUCGGGGUUCGAAUGGACUGAUAUAUGGAAGGUCAAACUUCCACCUAAAAUUAAAUUGUUUUUUUGGCAGGUUUGCACUGGAUGCCUCCCUUUGAGGCAAAAUUUGCAGGUUCGCAGAGUGGGCUGUCCAGGGAUGUGUGGAGUGUGCAACGAAGCUAUGGAGACUCAAGAGCAUAUUUUCCGGCAAUGUGCUACUGCUCGAGAUAUGUGGACAGAGUUACGCUGGCAAUGGAGCUCCGGAGAUGACAGUCCUUUCACUGAUCAAGUCAAUGGCGAAUUCCGGUGAAAGAAACAAGAAGAUUUAGAGGUACUAAUGUGGGGCUGUUGUGCACUUUGGAUUGAACGUAACUUGCGAGUUUGGGAGGGAAAGAGGUCUUCACUGUAGCAAAUUAUAAACAUGACAAGGUCUUUGGUUGACGGGUGGAAACAGGCGCAAGCAAGAGGUGAUGGGGGGAAGUAGACAACAAACUGGUGGGCAGAGCAAUGCUUUAUGGUGUAAGCCUGGGCCGGGUUGCUGGAAACUGAAUGUCGAUGCGGCUAGUGGAGUGCAUAAUGGUGGGAUAGGAUGGUGUCUACGGGACGAGGAAGGCGAAUUCAUUGCAGGUGCGGCCAGAAAAUUGCCGGGGAGUUUGACACCGCUAAUGGCAGAGUUGGUCGACAUUCGUGAGGCAUUGAGAUGGCUUAAAGAUUUCGGGGGCUCAUCUGUAGAGGUUGGAUCAGACUCAUUAAGGGCGAUAUCGGAGAUCUUGAAUGGAUCGAGCUGUUCUGCCGUGGGUUUAUUGAGAGAAGACAUUAGUGAUUUGGCGAAUUUUUAUUCGAACAUUUCUUUUAGUCAUGUUAAGCGGUCAGCGAACAAGCCUGCUCAUUUGUUAGCUAGGGCGGCUCGUUCUUCGCUUGAUUCGCAAUUUUGGUUUAAUUAUCCUCCUUCUUUCAUUGUAUCCGCUUUAGCGAACGAUUUGAUUAAUGCUAAUUAAAUCCAUUUCUUUCAAAAAA